ACAUUGCUUUAUAUUUUUGUAACUCUCAUCUCUAUUUCUGCUUCAACGUCUUCAAUAUUUGCAACAUGUGGAACGAAAAGACACAAUAUAUUUGCUGAUGGUUAAAUUGGAUACCACAUAAAGUAUAGCAUCAUUUAUAUUGGAUGAGAAAACCUGUGUUCAACCUAUGAUAUGUUGGAAUGGUGCAGAUCCGUAUGAGAAAACUUUUCUUUAUAUAUAUAGUUAUAUCAACAGUUUCAUUCAUAUGGUUUUAUUCAAGCUGUGGUUUUCCAGAGUGUAAAGAGAAAGAAAUAGAACAUCUGAUAAAAAAAUACAAAGCACGAAACAAAGAGCUUGAUAAAAAAAUAAGUGAUCUUUCUCAACAGCUGCAAGAAUGCCAGAAGAAUGUUAUGACAUCAGGGAGAACAGAAUUUUCUCAUUCACCGACAAUUUAUAUGGUGACACCUACUCACACCCAUCCAGAACAAAAAGCAAACUUAGUAAGAUUGUCACACACUUUACUUCAUGUGAAAAAUAUUCACUGGAUUGUGAUAGAAGACUCUGUCAGCAAGACAGUCUUAGUUAGCAAGUUUCUACAAAAUUCUGGUGUAAAAAACACACAUCUUGCAGCUUUGACGCCUCAUGAAAUUAAAAUGAAGUAUAAUGAUCCAACAUGGCUGAAACCAAAAGGUGUCCUGCAGAGGAAUGCUGCUCUUAAGUGGAUCCGUGAGAAUUUAAAGCCAAACACAGAUAAUGGUGUGGUUUAUUUUGCAGAUGAUGAUAAUACAUAUAGUUUAGAAAUAUUUCAAGAGAUGAGAAAUACCAAGAAAGCUACAGUAUGGCCUGUAGGUUUGGUAGGAGGACUUAGAUACGAAAAACCGGUAGUCAAGGAUGGAAAGGUGACUGGAUGGUUUACUUAUUGGAAGCCUAAUAGACCUUUCCCAAUGGAUAUGGCAGGAUUUGCUGUGAAUGUUAAUCUAUUCUUCAAGUUUCCUGAUGCACAAUUUAGUAAUGAGGUACCAAGAGGGUUUCUUGAGUCAACAAUUCUUGAACAGUUGAAUGUAAAGAUGGAAGACUUAGAGCCAAGGGCAGAGAAUUGUUCUAAGAUACUAGUUUGGCACACCAGAACUGAGAAAACCAAAUUGAAAAAUGAACAAUUGAUGAUAAAACGACUCGGCCAAGGCUCUGAUCCUAACAUAGAAGUUUGAUGAUUUACAAAGAUCUAAAACAUGGUAAUGGCUCUGAUCCUAACAUAGCAGUUUGAUGAUUUACACAGAUCUAAAACACGGUAAUGGCUCUGAUCCUAACAUAGCAAUUUGAUGAUUUACACAGAUCUAAAACACGGUAAUGGCUCUGAUCCUAACAUAGCAGUUUGAUGAUUUACACAGAUCUAAAACACGGUAAUGGCUCUGAUCCUAACAUAGCAGUUUGAUGAUUUACACAGAUCUAAAACAUGGCAGUGGUUCUAUUCUUAACAUAGAUGAUUAAAAUAGAUAUUUGAUUAAGAAAGCACCUGUUGGUAUGGGUCACUGAAUAUGCAGAGAUAACUCUAUAGGAUCAAAGAACAGUAAAGGAAAUAUGGUACACAGAAUCAAGCUUAUUUGUUGACAGGGAAGAACACUGAAUUAUUAUGGAAUAUUGAGAUGUUAAAUGGAAAGGUUAAUUAAGAUCAUUAGUACAUUUACUGCAAGUUAUAAUCUACAGUAACAUCAUGUAUCCAAUUUGAUCUAGACAUAGUGGAGUUUGAGAAGUGUCUGGAUGUCACUUAAUAUUUGAUGUUGAAAAUAGAGAGAGAGACAAGAAGUAUUUGCAUUGGAGAAAUAUGUAUAAUGUAACAGCAAUCCUGGGAAAUCUUAAACAUUCAACUUAAGAUUCCUCCAAACUUUUGAAACGUGUUAGUCUGUGUGAACUUUAUGAUGAAUAGAUUUUGCUCCUUCUCUGUUAUUUAUAUCAAAACAUUAAAUAAGUUUGAAUAUUGAAUUGAAAUGAUUGAAGACAGCUUUAGGAAAAACAAUGAAAAUUCAAUUAAAAGAUUAAUUAAAAAGUAUUAUCGAAAAUGUUUUCUAUUAAAUAGCGGAGUUUAUUAUAGUUGUAUUCCUCUCUAAGCAAGAAUGAUGAAUUAUCUUUAUAUUUAUUUUUCAAUAAUAUGUCUUUUUUUACCAAUAGAAUUUUGUAUUUGUAUAUGUCAAUACUUUUGAUAUAAAUGUUUUGCAUCAAAUUUAUACUUAAGAUUAAUGUAUACAUUCAUGAAUUAAGGGUAAUGUUGAGUAAUAUAAAUUGUCAAUGAGACAGCAACCCCUCACACAAGUUCAACAAAGAUAAAUAUGUAUUUUUAUAUAUAUAUAAAUUGUAAAGUACAAAAAGUAACUUGUUAUUAUAUUGUUUGAUAUGAAUGUAGAUUUGUUUGGGUAUGAAUAGGGACCUAGUUGGCCUAGUGAUCUAACUACUGCAUCAUUAGCUUGACAACACUGAGGUUGUGAGUUCGAAUCCUGCACGUGGCAGGUGCAUUCCACUCCAAUCUUAAUUGACUGGGAUUGUUAGUUUUCCUGCCUAAGUUUGGUUGUUCUCUCCUGGCACUCUGGCUUCUGGAACCAAAAAAAACUGACAACCACGAAAUAGGCAAUAGUGCUGAAAGUGGCGUUAAACAUCAAUCAAUCAAUCAAUUGUAUAGAUAUUAUUUGAUUGACCUAGGAGAUUUAAGGACAAAAAUUGCAAGAAGAAGAAAAUUAUCUUUUGAUCAAUAUAAACAUACAAAUGUAUUGCAAAAGAUUUUUUUUUUACACUGGUGAGAAUCGACAAAAACCCUCAUGUACUGUACAUUCAGAAAUUAUUCCGUGCAUUUAUUGUUGUGAUUGUUGAAAAAUCGACACAAAUACGAUUUAAAUUAUUGUGAUUUCAGGAAAUGCUGCAAAAAUUAGUUAUGAAAAUAUAAAAUGCUAGUUUUUAUUUUUGCGACACCUAUUAUGAAUGUCACUAUUUUGGCAAUAAUUAAACCAUCGCACAAAAAUCUGUAUUUAAAGUAUAUACUAAUUUAAGCAAUACACAGAAACAAUUUAUAUAUUUUAAAAGUUAACAGUUGUUUAAAUAGCUCUAGAUAAAAUUCAAAUUGAACUGACCAGUUGGAAACAAAGCUUAAUAUUAAGAGGAAUUAUGGUUUGAGGGAUGAAUUUCAUUUUUUCCAUUUUUAUACGACCGCAAAAAAUUGCGGUCAUAUAUUAAUAUGAUGUUGGCGUCGUCGUCGUCCGAAGACACAUUGGUUUUCGCACUCUAACUUUAGUUUAAGUGAAUGGAUCUCUAUGAAAUUUUACAAUAAGGUUCAAUACCACAAAAGAAAGGUUGGGAUUGAUUUUGGGGGUUAUGGUACCAACAUUUAAGGAAUUAGGGGCCAAAAAUAAGCAUUUUUGUAACUUCCAGACAUAACUUGUGUGUUUGUGAAUGGAUCUCUCUGACAUUGUACCACAAAGUUCCAUAUCACAAAGGGAAUGCUGGGAUUGAUUUUGGGGGUAAUUGCCUCAAAAUUUUAGGAAUUAGGGGCCAAAAAAGGGGCAAAAAACAAGCAUUUUUCUUCUAGUUUCAUGACAAUAACUUGUGUGUAAGUGUAUGGAUCUUUCUGAAAUUGUACUAUAAGGUUCCAUAUCACAAAGGGAAAGCUGGAAUUGAGUUUGGGGGUAAUUGCUCAAAAUGUUUAGGAAUAAGGGGCCAAAAAGGGGCUAAAAAUAAGCAUUUUUCUAGUUUACAGACAAUAACUUGUGUUCAAGUGUAUGGAUCUCUCUAAAAUUGUACUGCAAGGUACCAUACCACAAAGGGAAGACUGGGGUUGAUUUUGGAGGUAAUUGCCUCAAAAUUUUAGGAAUUAGGGGCCAAAAAGGGGCAAAAAAACAAGCAUUUUUCUAGUUUCAGGACAAUAACUUGUGUGUAAGUGUAUGGAUCUUUAUGAAAUUGUACUACAAGGUUCCAUAACACAAAGGGAAAGCUGGGUUUGAGUUUGGGGGUAAUUGCCCUAAACGUUUAGGAAUUUGGGGCCAAAAAGGGGCCUAAAAACAAGCAUUUUUCUAGUUUCCAGACAAUAACUUGUGUUCAAGUGUAUGGAUCUCUCUGAAAUUGUACUGCAAGGUACCAUACCACAAAGGGAAGGCUUGGAUUGAGUUUGGGGGUGAUGAAUCAUAAGGGGGUUCAAAAAAUUUGGGGGAGGGAUUUUUUUUUCCUUUUUUUCCUUUUUUUUUUUUUAAUUUUCCAUUUUAAAUUGGUUAUUUCUGAUUUAUAUAUAAAAGCAAAUAAUAAUGUUAUGGUUUGAAUAGGUAAAUUAAAAAUUUUUAAGUUCUUAGACCACAUUCACAUGCUCAAGUCCAUCCUUGUCAAUUUAUCAAUGAAAUGCAUGUAACCGAACAACUAUCCAAAAAUUGUGUACGCGUAAAAGUAGUUUUACUUAUUUCAUUUUAUUUUAAUUCUCAACCAAACAAAUAUACAGUUAAGACUAAUUGCCAAUAAAAAGAAUAAUGACAUUUCAUUUUUUGAUACUGACUUCAUCAGCUUGAAUAUCAGCUCCCCCUAGUGGGCUCCCUUGAUAUUCCUGCUGAUAAAGUCGGUAUCAAAAACAAAAAUGCCCUUAUUCUAUAUAUAUUCUGUUGUUGUUUAUUCUAUCUACUGUUGAUUGUUAACCAAUGAGAAAAUGUGUAUCUGUGUGUAAGAAUGUAGUAUGUUUAACAAUGCUAAUAAAACUGUUUUGUUUUUA